CUCGCAUCACUUCAUAUCUACUCUUUAGUCUCAGCCCUCGUCGCAUCACAUCAUGUGGCAUCCCAUGUUUGGCGCGGCUGCACCCGACGUCCCUCACCUAACUCAACAGCGCUCUGCAGCACGCUGCUGUGAGGGGUGAAGGGCUGUGACUUCAGCCACAACCAAAACAGAGAUGACGAUGAAUGUGGCGUCCCUAAACAUCUCUCAGCACGCCACGAGCCUGACUGACAAACCCUCUCCGAGCUCGCAGCAAGUCAGCCAUAUGUAUCGUAGACAUCAUGUGGGGUCGCCUGUCCGCCUGUCGGAUAGUUGCGACGUGCCCGGCGGACGGACCAACCAAAGAGCACAUACACACUUUGGUUGAGGCGUUCCCGGUUCGCGCGACAACUCUCCGACAGACAGACAGACAGACAGACCCACGAUCGAAUGAUGGACCUAGUGAGCACGACCUAUAUGGCUGGGGCAGCCCUCUCGCUCUCACUAUGUGCAUGAGAUGUGCUCCCCUGAGCCGCCACAUCCGCACCCAUCUCCCCGCCCGCAUCAGCCGUCCCCGCCUCGAGUUCAGCACCUUGUGGCUCAUCGGGUGCGCCGGUCUCCGCUUGGCCGUCGGGGAGGGGGCGGGGGACAAAUGGGUUCAUGAAGACGUGCUGGAUGACGUCAACAGACAGCAAGACAGGGACGUAUGCUCUGGUUCGAUCCAUCCCCCUGUGCCGGUGCGAUCUGACCUUGAGAUCGAGUUGGUUCCAUCCCUUGGACACCUCACGCUCGUUGCCCCACCUGACACACACACACACACACACACACACACAUACAUAGGCACACAACAGCCGUCAAUCAACCACACGCGCCCAGCACUGCCCUCCGUGCUCCUGUCGACCGUGCUUACCUGCCCUCCCCCCUGAUGGCCUGAAUGGACAGCUUGAGGGACGUGUUGGUGUAGCGGGGCAUCCGCAGGGGCGGCUUCCUUCGAUGGAACCAACGAAGCGCGUUCAUCUGACCUGCAUGCCGGCAGUGAGCGAAACACACCAACCAGACGGACCAGCUCGUUCGCAAGUCACUACAUGAAUCAACCGGGGUGUUUGUUGUGUUUUGCUGUGUACCUUCAAGUGAGGGCUGCCACAGGCCCUGUACACUCCUCUUCUCCGUCCACACACGCGGACCGCCGUGGCGCAUGUGCUCGUUGCCAGAAUCUGACACACAUCAUCACACCGCAGCACCCACCAAGAGGAAACACCAAUAUUUAUGAUAUGAUGGUCAUGUGCUUCUGCUGUCGGGGCAGGUGGGUCGUACGUGAGUUUCUGAGGAAGUUAAGUAUGUCGUCGAUGUGUCGUGGCUUGAGGUUCUUGAGGUUGAUCCUGGUGGUCGUGUUGCUGGCAAACCCCGCCGUGACCUCGGGCUCCUCAUACUGUGAGUGCUCUGUCGUCACCGUCACCUGGGGAUUCUUCUCGCGCCACUUGUACAGCAAAUGACGAAAGUAGAACCUGACACAUACAUGGAUAUAUGCACCCAACACACACAGGCACCAGGAGCCAUCCAUCCAUGCCGGCCUGUAGAUGCACGUGUGUUGUGCUGUUACCUGACGCCUCUGCUGCUGUGUCCGGUCUCGCUGUAUCGGAUGUUGACGGUCUUGAGCUGCCACACGCCACGACUGCACAUCCUUGGUGCCGCUCAAAGCUACUGUACAAAAUACAAUAGAUCACUGAGUCUGCCGUUGCUCCCUUGUCAUUCUCGCUACUCUGAUGGCCUUUGGACGCUUUGAGGGACCGUUUGCCUUCUGCUCCGGAGGUCGGAGCUAAGCCCGCAGGUG